AUGGCAGAAAUGAAGGACGGCGCUUUCAAGCACGACGCCACGGUGCCCCCACCCAGCAACCGUGUGCUGCCUCUGUUCUCCCUCAAGGGCAAGACGGCCAUCGUCUCUGGUGCAGGCGCUGGUAUUGGCCUGCAAAUCGCCCACGCAUACGCUGAAGCUGGUGCCAACGUUGCCAUCUGGUAUAAUAGUAAUAAGAAGGCCCUGGACCGCGCUGCCGAGAUCGAAAAAGAAUAUGGUGUCAAGUGCAAGGCCUACCAGGUCAACGUCACCUCCCACCAAGAGAUCAAAGAGUCUGUCCAGCAGAUCGUGUCUGAAUUCAACGGCCGCCUUGACAUCUUUGUUGCCAACUCGGGCAUUGCGUGGGAAGAAGGCCCACUGAUCGAUGGCCCCAUGGAUGUCGCCGACAGAGUCAUGGCCGUGAACGUCAACGGCACUAUCUAUUGCGCCCAGGUUGCCGGCGAGCACUUCCGUCGCCAGAAGAAGGAGGGCACGACGCUGGACGGCAAGAAGCUCGAGGGCUUCACCUACGGCAGCUUGAUCGCGACCGCCAGCAUGAGUGCCCAUAUAGUCAACGUACCGCAGUCGCAGACGGUGUACAACUCGUCCAAGGCGGCCGUGAUUCACAUGUGCAAGAGCUUGGCUGUUGAAUGGGUUGAUUUCGCCCGUGUCAAUACCGUCUCGCCCGGGUACAUCAAGACGGAGAUUUCUGCUUUCGCUGGAGCCGAAGCCAAGAAGCAGUGGAAGGACAAGACACCCAUGGGUAGACGCGAGGGUGAACCCGGCGAGCUCAAGGGCGCAUAUCUGUAUCUUGCCUCGGACGCCGCCUCAUACACCACCGGUUGCGAUCUCGUCGUCGACGGAGGCUACUGCUUGCCAUGA